AUGGUUUAUUUUUCUUCUCCCUCUGUUACCUUUGAUGUGCAAUUGAUUUUGCAUCUCCACAUGCCGAUCUUCUCAGACAUGCACCCAUGUAUUCCAAGGCUUUACGUGAUGCCUUGGAAACAUGACAUGAAAAAUAGGAAAUUAAUUUUGAAGAAACUAGUACAGAAAUCUAAAUUAAUUUUGUCUGAUUUGCCGGAACUCUUUUCUCAGCAUCAAGCACUUGCUAAGAUACCUCAUGACUUUACCGAGGAGAGCUUGUUCUGGUCGAAGCGUGAACGGCUUUGCCAUGGACAGGACAGGAAAUGCCUCGAAGAUCAAAUGAACCAUUUGACCCCGGGAACAAUUCUGCAACUACCUCUAAGCUCCCACAUGUCCAAACACCGGAGCUUAGUGCUAACCCGUUGGGCCAGAGCUCGUUCAUAG